CUGGGCGCGCGCAUGGGACGGGCACUCGCAAGCAAUGCAGCUGUGUCGCAGAUUUGAAAAGUCACUCUAGAGAAGGCAGAGGUGUUGUUUAUUCCGCAACUGUGCAUGUAACGAAGGGACGAUAACUAGGCGGGAGGGAGGAGAAAAAAAAAACUACCCCUGAAACUCCAGGGACGCGAUCUUCCGAGCUGCCACAUUGAAGCCAAACUCGCUCAGAGGUCAAUCAAGCCCCUGCAUGGAGCUUUCCGCCAUAGGAGAGCAAGUUUUUGCUGUUGAGUCGAUUAUUAAAAAGAGGGUGAGGAAGGGGAAGGUUGAGUAUCUCUUGAAGUGGAAAGGAUGGCCCCCCAAGUACAGCACCUGGGAACCAGAGGAUCAUAUUUUGGACCCUCGGCUAGUUCUGGCAUAUGAGGAGAAGGAACAACGUGAUCGGACACUAGGGAACAGAAAACGAGGACCAAAGCCCAAAAAGAGACUUGUCUUGCAGCGGAUGUACGGGAUGGAUCUGCGCAGCGCCCACAAGGUACAGGUGAAGCCACCACCCCGAUUGAGGCUCUCCCUGACACGCACGCUGAGGGAGGAGGUCCAUAACCACAGGGAGGAUGAAGAUGACGAGGAAGAGAGGCAGGAGCGACCACAACAGAGCCAAACCCUCUACAGGAGGCUGGCAACAGCAACUCGCCGAAAGUACAAGAGGGGCAUGCCGACCUUUCUGCGGCUAGGGCCUCGACACCCCUCAGUGGAAUACCUGGAAACUCAAAGUGAAGGACUGGCAGAGAGCUGGGACACUGAAAACAGUGGGACACCACAAAGGGAACAGAUACUCAACGGCGGCAGUGUGGAAGGCGGCUGGAACCCCGUAAUGUCACCGGGUGAGAUCACAGUGACGGAUGUCACCAUUAACUCUCUGACUGUCACUUUCAAAGAGGCACUGGCUGCCAAAGGCUUCUUCCGUGGCUGGAGCACUGAAUUCUGAAACCACCCUAAGGGUCGCCUACCGUGACGAUCGCGUUCUUCUUUAGUUGGACAGGUGUCUUUUGAAAGGACUGGGCAGCACUGGUGCAAUCCUCUUUGAGGCAGCCAUAGGAAGAAGAAAAAAAAAAGGCCUACAAUGGAGGAAGUAUGUGUGUGUAGAAGUUAAACUGGCCAUUAGAGUGAGGUUGUCUAUAUUUAAAAAAAAUAAUAAUUUAUGAGAUAUUUUUUUUCUAAAUUAUUCCCAAAUGAUAUAGAUCAAAUACCAUGCAAAAGAUUUUCAUGAUUAGAAUUUUUAAAAAUCUAUCUAUCUAUCUAUCUAUCUAUCUAUCUAUCUAUCUAUCUAUCUAUCUAUCUAUCUAUCUAUCUAUCUAUCUAUGUUAUAGCACCUUUCAUCUGUUUAUCUGCACAGCACACUCUAGAGCACUUUGUCAUUGUGUCCCAGCCGGGCCACCGUACGUUAGAUCCCAGCCCCCAUGCCACAUACAGAGAAAACAGCUUUCUAUUCUAUUAAUCCACCUUGGCAGAAAAUGGUAGAGGGCACAAUUGUGACAUACUGGGAGGGGUUUAUCACUUAGACAUCAUUCUCUGUUUCUGCCUAUUUUUGGCACAGGCAAGAACGGCCGUACAGAUGACAGAGCUUCCCUUCAUGCUUGACUGAAAGCACACGUUCUGAAGGCAGGGAUCCUCGCUCAUGGCCAGGACUGCAUUAACUGGCUCACCAUUGGCUUUAUAAGGGGAUGGCACCAGAGACCUGCAUGUCUAUGAAUGUGCUCUGGCUCGCUUUCCUAUAUUUAAUUCUUUAUAAUUUUUUUUAUCUUGUACAGUUCAUUUAUAUGUCAUGAGAGGUGGGGUAUUAGUAAGAAUGUGGUUUGUUUCUUUGUAUUGUGGUUGUUGUUUAUCUCAUUUUGAAGGCCGGAUGGAUUUUGCCUGUUGGUGACAGGGGGCACGAAUGAUACUAUGUUAGUGAAAGCAGGCACAGCAGACCCCAUAUGAUCUGGCCCGAGGGGAGGCUGUAAAUGCCCACCUCCUUGUUUCUUAAGUCAGAUGGAAGCAUUUAAAAUGUAUAGGAAGCAAAGAAAUGCAUCUGAUCUGAAAUUGCAUACUCGAGCAAAACUCCAAGUGCUCCCCAGCCUCAUGUGUCAUCUUCCAUUUGUGGAUGUUUAAAUGAAAAUCUCUGAACUGCCUGAAGCCCUGUCACACUAGUAUAGCGCUAAUAUCAAUGGGCAGGUGUGUUCAUCUUAUGCUUAAGAAGCUCAUUUUCUCCAUUUAGAAACAUUUUGGAAGCUGUGCUUCUGUUCAUAUCACAUAUCAUUUCACAUCUAUGAGGUGUAUCCAGGCAGAAGUAGUAAUGGUGGGUUACACUUUAAAUUGAAUGCUGAAAUGAAGAGGGCAAAAAAGUGAAACAGGAAAUAUAAAAUAUUAAUUCAAAUUUUACACUAGACAACAAACAUUUUGCUUCCUGAAUGCUUUUUGGUGUAUCUCAUAGGUUCUGGUCUGCUGAUUAUAAACUCACUUUUGGAUUUUCCUGACAUUAACUGUUUUAUUGCACUUGCCUAUUUUGUAAUUUCCUCACAUAUUAUAAGUAUACAGAACAUAUACAGUACAACAACUACAUCUGGAAUAUCUGUGGUGACCUAAAAGUAUUGGGCCUGGAAUACUUGAAAUGGACCUCGGACAGACUAAGGACUGCAUAAGAGACAGCCAAGCUAAAGAGUCUGAUUACGUUAAAAUGAACUGGACACCAUAAACCAUUUGUCCACCCAACAAAGAUAUUUUUGCCUCCAUUUCUUAUAAAACUUGGACUGAUAAAAACAUUUCGUGAAGGUGAUUAACAAGCAAGCUGAAGGAGUUCACUGUCUGAAAUAAAUGUUUCCUUUGGUAACUGAUACCAAGAUUAAGGAAGACAUUUUUGUUGGUGCACAAAUCACACAAAGCGACUAGUGGUUUGAAGAUCUGCUAGCGGGGCCGAAGGAAAUCGCAUGGGUGGCGCUCAAGAAUGUUGUUGAGGAUUCUUUUGGCAACUACAGAACACCAAACUACAUCCAGCUGGUUGACAACAUGCAUCAGACGUACAAAACCAUGAAGUGCAACAUGUCGUAAUUCAUUUUCUGCAUUUCACACUUGGGCAUCUUCCCUGCUAGUCUUGGUGAAGUCAGUGAUGAACAAGGGAAAGGUUAAUUAGGACAUUACCAUAAUGGAAAAGUGGUGUUAGAGCAAGCAUUAGCUUACUACUGUUGGACGCUGAAAUGAGAUUCAUCAGAUGCGGAGUACAAACGAAAAUCAGCAGCAAAACCUUUUUAGCUCAAUUGAACUAAUGCAAUGUGCCAGCAUCAUUAAGUGAUUAAACACCCUACAUUCGAUAAAAGUUCAUUUUAUGUUUCUCCAAAUUCCUAUGUGAUAAUCGUCAAUCUAACAUUAUCACUGUGUUCAGCUUGAAGUGUUCCUUCAUAAUCACCAAAACUAUUUCGGGAAGCAAAGUUUUUGAAAAUAUUUGUUGUCCAGUGCAAUAUGGGGAAUGUAACUCAGAGACAAACAUGUGCCAAUUCUGUGAGGGUUUCAUUUUGCAGUCGUCUGUGCCCUUCCGCCUGCUUUUUCUUGCUCACUUCUUUUCGUUAAUUGACGCCCCUCUGCCUAUCCCAUUUGUGACUGGCGUUGUGUUAAUUCUCAAUGGGCAAAUGAGCUAAGCUGUACACCCGCCUGCUUUUUCUUGCAUACUUCUUUUUACUAAUCGAUGUUCCGAUCCUGCCUUAUUUGUGAAUGGCGUUGUGUUAAUUCUCACUGGGCGAGGAGCUCAUCUGUGCCCUCCUGACUACUUUUUCUUGCACACAUCUUUUUGUGAAGUCACGUCCCCCCAACUUUAUCCCAGGCACUGCUUCUGUUAUGCACUUUAGAGUCGAGUCGACUAUUUUCAGAAUGGCGUUGUGUUAAUUCUCAAUAGGGCAUACGUGGGGAAACGCCUUCCCACCACUGACAGUAUCACCCUUGACUUGCUUUAUUGAGAUUACGUACUUCACAUUGUUUUGCUGCUAAAAAAAAAAAAAUCAUCCCUGGGAUGGAAAUUAGAAAUAUUUGCAAUACAUAAGGCUUUUGGUCCAUGGGAUUAAGCAAAGGCAUUAAGGAAGAGGACUGCUAGUGAGUACCAUGUACCAUAGCUAUGCAGGGUAUACAUUGUGUAGCCAUUAAUUGUUUGGAUGUUUGUGUUUUCUUUUUUGUUUUGCUUAUGAGAGGAAGUGGGUUGCAAUAACAAUUAUGGGAAUAUCUGCAGUUAUUACACUGGAGCUGUAUUCUCAUCCUGCUUAGUUUGCAACAUCUGACAAAUUGAAUGUAUUGUAUGCGUUUUCCAGUAAAGAUUAUGAAUAAUGAUAUUCGCAUUGUGUUGGUGAAAUGAUGGCAUUGCUGUUUUGUUUAGAUAUAACGUGUUAAGGAUUAUGAAGCAUGAUAUGGGAAUCGCAUUGCCAUUUUGAGGCUCUUAGGGUGAUAUAUCUGAACUUGCCAUAAGAGCCACAAAAUGGCGGCCAGAUUGUAAUGCUUUAAGGAUUGUGAAUAAUGACUUUAUCAUGGUUCAUAAUCCAACAUUAUGACCUUGGUGCCGUUUUUGGCUCAGAAUUUAAUGCUUUAAGAAUUUAUAAAUAAUGAUUUUAUCAUUAUUUUGCUGAUAUAGUUACGUCGCAUUUUGUGGCUCUUGCAAUCAUUUCCGAUGUAAUGCUUUAAUAGAGAUUAAAAAAUUUGCAGGCAAGUUUGAAUGGGGAGCCAUUCAGAGUGAAAUAUUAAAAUAUGCUCUAAUACAAUUAGUUAGAUAGAAACAAGUAAAAUAUGCAAAUAAAAUGUAAUAUUUAUUUAGACACUGAAGAAAAAUUAUAUUUCUAAAAAAAAAAGGAAAUUUACAAGAACAGAAUUUUCUUGUCAUUCCAGCUAUUCUUGAAAAUGGUGGGUGGUGGUAAUAAAGCACUUUUAAGCAUAUUAAGCAAUUUUUAUUGAUGCUGUCACAAAUACAGAUAAUAUACCACAGAUGCAACAUGGCCAAACUCUCAAAGAGGAUAAGCUUAAAAUUCCGACUGUAUAUAAAGUAAAGAUUACUUAACUUCUUUUGAUGUAUAAUAGGCAAUCAUGCAAACAUACUGCAGAAUUUAACUGAUGUAAAGAAACAGAAGAUUGUCAGAUAUGAAUAUCUCUGUCUGGUAGGAAUUUGGUAGAAGUGCGUUUGUGUUUUUGGAUUUUUUUUUUUUUUUGUGGAAAAUUAAAUGUUAUUUUUAUAGAUGAUCUACUUUAAGGACACAAUUGUGUUGUCAUUUAAUGGCAUUUUGUGUGUUUGGUUGCAUUCAAUGGGACAUCAUGGUUGCCGGAUGUAAAACAUGGCCAGGCAGGAGUUUUGAAAUAAAAAGGGAAGACUCAAAAAAAAAUAUGAGGCCUAUAGUGAGUUUUUAAGGUUUUUGGACUUUGCUUUGGCUUGUAUGGAAACCGAGAGAGGACAUGCAAUAUCGUUAUUUUUUUAAAUUGUCUCCUCAAGAUAACAGACUAAUUUUAUGUUGAUCUCGAGAAAAUGAACUUUGUUUUCUUGAAAUAACAGAAUAAUUUUAUCGAGAUGUCGAGAAAACAAAACUUAACCUUUGCUCCUGGCAUCAGGUUCGCUUAGAUUGCGGCUCCUAUACAGCUGAAGCCUUGCUAACUAAGGCGUAAACUUAUGUCACCCUGCGUCAGCCCUUGAUUCAACAAAAAUGUGACACGCUGAUCAAUAAAGUUCUGCUCUUCUGCCGUUUCAAACAGGACGUGGCUUCAAUAAGCUAAACAUUAAACGUUAGAUACAAUUAUUUCAUAAUUUCGAGAAAACAAGAUCUGUUGUUUUAUCAAGAUCUCGAUAAAAUUAUUCUGUUAUCUCAAGAAAACAAAGUUUGCUUUCUCAAGAUCUAAAUAAAAUGAGUCUGUUAUACUGAGGAAACAAUUUUAAAAAAUAACGAUACUGCAUGUCCUCUCUCGGCUUCCGUAGGCCUGAUUUUUGAUGGUGAAUCAAUUUAUUUAUUUUUUUAGAUGUUUUGACAACUCGUUUCUAGUAUUUCAGACUUGACUGUAGCCAUAUCCAGUUGGUGUUAGUUUUACCCCAGGAGGUGAGGUAAAGUACUUAUUACUGGAGCACAUCUGCAAUUUUAGUCCCACCAAAAUCGCUUACGUGUGUAACAGACUGCGCUGUUGUGUCUCCUUAAAAAUAAUUGGGCCUGCUUAUCUUCUAUAGAAAGUCAGGUUAAACGAGUCCAGUGUGAAUCAACCUGUCAAUAAAAUCACAUGAUUUGAGCGAUUUGGACAAGACUAAAAUUGUACAGGUCCUCUCCUAUUAAUUACUUUACCCAAGGCCAGAAGAAGAAAAAAAAAAAAA